AUAUAAUUAUGCAUAUAACAUGUAUAUGCAUAUGUGCAGUCAGGCCGUUUCUGUCUGGUCCUUUUGCUUUCUCGAGAGGCCUCAAAUUUGGCCGCUAAGGGCGCUAUUAUUCUCUCAUUACGCGGUUUCAAAUAAUGCGCAGAAGCAGCAGAGGCGCAUAAACACUUAGAGAAAGAGAGAAGCGGCGCACAAUUCGCGGGGGCGGUGGAGGGGCGCAGGUCUUGCCGGAGCGCUGGCGAUGCCGGGGGUGGCCGAGUUCCUCCUGAUCUUGGCGUUCUUUGAGGCGGCGGCUGUCUACUGCAGCGGCUUUACGCCGCCGAAUCUGCUCACGCUCGAAAGGGUUUUUCCGGCCAACCAGAGAGUGGAGUUGGAGGCCCUCCGAGCUCGGGACCGUGCGAGGCACGCCAGAAUGUUGCAAGGUGUUGUCAGCGGAGUGGUCGAUUUCACAGUCGCCGGUAGCUCGGAUCCCUACCUUUUCGGGCUUUAUUUUACCAAAGUUAAACUAGGCUCUCCACCAAAGGAAUUUAAUGUGCAGAUUGAUACUGGAAGUGACAUCCUGUGGGUUACUUGUAGCUCCUGCACCAAUUGUCCCCAGUCAAGCGAACUUGGUGUUGAGCUCAAUUUCUUUGAUGCUGCCACCUCAUCAACUGCAUCUCUAGUUUCUUGUUCGGACCCAAUAUGUGCUUCUGUAGUCCAACCUGCGACUGCUGGAUGCUCCUCUCAGAGUAAUCAAUGUGGUUAUUCGUUUCAGUAUGGAGAUGGAAGUGGAACAUCUGGUUAUUAUGUAUCUGAUUUGCUUUAUUUUGACACAAUUGUGGGGACUGCUUCAAUAGCUAACUCUUCCACUCCAAUUGUUUUUGGGUGUAGCACCUAUCAAGCAGGCGACUUAACCAAAUCGGAUAGAGCAAUUGAUGGGAUUUUUGGGUUUGGUCAACAGGAUUUGUCCAUCAUAUCACAGCUGUCAUCACGAGGGAUUACUCCCAAGGUGUUCUCUCAUUGCUUGAAAGGAGAGGGCAAUGGUGGCGGCAUAUUAGUUCUUGGUGAGAUUUUGCAUCCAAGCAUCGUAUAUAGUCCCCUUGUCCCAUCACAGCCACAUUAUAACUUGUAUCUGCAGAGCAUUUCUGUCAAUGGCCAAUUGGUACCCAUUGAUCCAGAAGUGUUUGCAACAUCAGGUAGCCGAGGAACAAUUGUUGAUUCUGGAACAACUUUGGCAUACUUGGUGGAAGAAGCUUAUGAUCCUUUUAUUGUUGCCAUAACUGAUGCUACAUCACAAUCUGCAACACCAAUCAUUUCAAAUGGAAACCAGUGUUACCAAGUACCCACCAGUAUAACUGAGAUAUUUCCUCCAGUUGCUUUAAACUUUGUUGGUGGUGCAUCCAUGGUUUUAAGACCAGAAGACUACUUAGUACAUUAUGGUUUUGUUGAUGGUGCUGCAAUGUGGUGCAUUGGCUUUCAAAAAGUCCAGGAUCAAGAAGUAACUAUUUUAGGAGAUCUUGUUCUUAAAGAUAAGAUAUUUGUGUAUGAUUUAGCUCACCAACGGCUUGGGUGGGCAGAUUAUGAUUGUUCAAUGUCUGUAAAUGUCUCCAUAACUUCAGGCAAGGACGAGUUUGUUGCUGGGCAAUUGAGUAGGAGCAGCUCAGCACGAAACAUCCUCUUCAAGUUCAUGCAUAUGAGCAUUACUCUUCUUGUGCAUAUUGUAUCACUGUUCAUCAGUUUACUGUAACUCAAGCUUCUGCCAUCGGGACCCCAUUCUUUGCCUAUUUCAUUGGCUUUUCACCGAUUUUACUUGUAGCAAUCAAUAUGCUUUGUGGUCUUGUUCCUCCCCCCCACUAGAAGCCUGUUCAUCUGCCAUCUUUUCCUGACCUCCUUUUAGGCCUUCUGGUUAACGGAGAACCUAUCAGUCCGGUCCCCUUAUCGUCUUCGCCCUUUGACUCAACAUUCGGCUCGCCCUUGUAAAAGGUCUGUGGAAUUGUAAAUUAUCUCCAUGCUUCUUGGCUGAGAGAGUAGUGUAGAGUGAAAUUGCGGACCUCGGAAAAGAGCUCCGAUGCGUUUGCAUUUGUCAAGAACUAUAGAAAUAAGGUUAACAGUGUGUGUAGAAACUGGCUUCCUUUUGUAAAACACAAUUGCGAACACUUUGUUCUUUUCGUUUGCUCUUCACUGAGGUUUGCUUCUGGGAAUUGGGAAUCCCCCAAAAUGUAACUUUUAACUUGUCCAUAGGGGCAUGCCAUGGAAUCCUCGCAACUUCUUAAUGUUUUGUACGAUCAUAUGGUGGCUGUCACUUGAAAUGAACCAAUGUGAAGAAUUCAUAA